GCUUGCUCUUCUGUGAUUGGCUGGUUGUUUUCAGCAGGCUCCCGGAACAAAAAUGGCGAACUUGAGGAGCUUGAAGGGCCUGGUUGGCAUAGUCACUGGAGGAGCCUCUGGUCUUGGUCGUGCCACUGUAGAGCGGUUGGUGCGCCAGGGAGCCAGCGCUGUUAUCGUAGAUUUGCCCAAGUCCGAAGGAAGCAGUGUGGCUCAGUCUUUGGGGGAUAAGUGUGCCUUUGCUCCAACUGACGUGACCUCUGAGGCUGAUGUGAAGAACGCAUUGCAGUUGGCGCAAUCAAAGUUUGGACGUGUUGAUAUUCUGGUUAACUGCGCUGGGAUUGCUGUUGCAUUUAAGACAUACAAUGCAAACAAACAGCUUCCCCACAGUUUGGAGGAUUUCCACAGAGUUGUAAAUGUGAACAUCUGCGGGACUUUUAAUGCUAUCCGCCUCGCUGCUGGUGAAAUGGCAAAGAAUGAACCCAAUGAGGAUGGGCACAGAGGGGUGAUUGUUAACACGGCCAGUGUGGCUGCCUUUGACGGACAGGUGGGACAAGCGGCAUAUUCAGCCUCCAAAGGAGGGAUUGUAGGGAUGACGCUCCCUAUUGCACGUGAUCUGGCUCCUAUUGGGAUCAGAGUAAUGACCAUUGCUCCAGGUUUAUUUGCAACACCUCUUCUUGCUGGACUUCCUGAGAAAGUGAGGUCAUUCUUGGCAAAGCAAGUACCUUUUCCCAGCAGGUUAGGGGACCCAGCAGAGUAUGCCCAUCUGGUACAGGCCAUUGUUGAGAACCCUCUGCUUAAUGGUGAAGUUAUUCGACUUGAUGGUGCCCUUCGUAUGAUGCCUUAAGUUAACAAACCUUCUUUCCCAUUGGGACCAGCCUGGCCCUCCGUCCAGAUGUUGCUAAAUCCCACAAGCAACAGUGCUAAGUGUUUCAUACCUUUUUGAGUGUACAAGGACUAGAGACACAAAAGUGUUUUUCUGGACAUGUUGCCCAUAAUUGUUAAAGGAAUACCUGAAGAAGAAUGUAAUUAAAACCAACACCUGUCCUGUGUAUCCAUGUAUACAGCUAGUUUGGGUGAUUUAUUAUGCGAAAUUGUAACCUUGAAUCGCUGUUGUGACUUAAUUUUGGUUUUGUAGACAAUAAAACCACAUAGAAAUGGUUUAGAAUACAAUAAUAUGGUGCAUUUUGGCACCUGGGGGUUGUAAUAUAAAUGUUGGUCCAGUAAACUUCAUUGAAAGCCAACAUGAUUGUGUAGUGGAAUAUAGGGUUAUCCAAUCUUUAAUAAACUGAUGAUCAAAGAUCUUAAA